CUAUUUUUGGCCCAGACUCGCGCGGGGCGGGCGGGAACGGUUUCUGGACCCAGCCCACCGCGUCGCAUUUCAGUCUUGUCGUCACUUCCGUCAUCCUCUCUCGCUUCCAUCUUGCUCUCCGCGUGUGUUUGCUGCUAGCGUGCAGAUGAAAGAAACUAUAAUGAACCAGGAGAAAUUAGCCAAGUUGCAGGCUCAAGUCCGCAUCGGUGGAAAGGGUACCGCCCGCAGAAAGAAGAAGGUGGUCCACAGAACGGCCACCGCCGAUGACAAAAAGCUCCAGUUCUCCCUCAAGAAACUGGGAGUAAAUAACAUCUCUGGCAUCGAGGAGGUAAACAUGUUCACAAACCAGGGCACGGUGAUCCACUUCAACAAUCCCAAAGUGCAGGCCUCGCUGGCAGCCAACACCUUCACCAUCACGGGCCACGCAGAGACCAAGCAGCUGACGGAGAUGCUGCCCUCUAUCCUUAACCAGCUGGGCGCCGACAGCCUGACCAGUCUGCGCAGACUUGCAGAGGCCCUGCCCAAACAAGCGGGUGAUGGAAAGGCACCAGUAGCUGGUGUAGAGGAAGAUGACGACGAAGUUCCAGACCUUGUGGAGAAUUUCGAUGAGGCUUCAAAGAAUGAGGCAAAUUAACGUCACGGGAAGGAAAGACGUUUGAAAUCUCUGGUCUCAGCGGAGGCUUGUGGGACUUUUUUUUUUUUUUCCUUUUCUUUUAUAAAUAUUGCAUCCCUGAAUCUAUUAUCUCUUUCGUGCACUGCUGUGACCCUCAUGUGUCCGAGCUGAGAGUGUGAGAUUGAUGGUACCACACAAGUUCAUGCACAGUUUUACAAGUGUGUGUUUGCUUGUGCGGUCCAAGAGGCAUCUCUGCCUCCACCUUCCCUGUUACUGAGGCUCGCUCAUUGGAGCCCAUUUGAAUCAACAUCUGGAAAUAAACAUUUGCUAUUGACAAAAGGCUUAUUAAA